AUGCUUCCAAAAUAUUUGAAUUACUUACCUCAAUUUAAAUUUAGGAAUAAUAAAAAUAAAUUAAAGAAUACAUAUUUAAAUAUUGAAUUUUUGAAUUCUAAUAAUUUGGAUAAAUUUUAUAAAUUAGAAUAUUUUUUCAACAGCCCUUCUUAUUUUGAAUUUAGAUUUAUUAUUAAAAAUAGUUGAUAAGUCUAUAUUAAUAUUUAAAAUUCAACAAAACAUUUGAAAUUUGGCUCAAAACUAGUGCUUAACAGUAUGUGGAUAAAUUGAUUACAAUAAAUAUGAUGACUUGAUAUAGUUAUAAGGCCCUCCUCAACAAUUUGAUUGUACAUACCAUAAAGAAAAGUUUGAAAUUAAACCUAAUGAGACAGUGAAAGCAUUAAAAAUAACAUUAAAUGAAUACAAUAUAUUGAAUUUUAAGACAAAUGAGCAAAAUAUGUAAUAAAUCUAAUAAAUUAAAUUUGGUCCAAAAGUUGCUAAAGUAUGUAGAAUUGGAUGUAAAAGAGUAAUCGAUUGGUGCAAAAUGCUCCCAUUAAAAGAAGAUGAAUUUAACGAAGUUUUAGGUAUUUUGGAUAAAAGCUUUUGUGAUUACUUAGUUUACCUAGAAAAUGUAUAAAAUUAACGAACAACUUUCUAUGAAAGUUAACUUAAAAAUGAAAUAGAAAAAAAAUUUAAGAAUAAAAGACAAAGUUGA